AUGACUGCAUCUGACGGAGACGACGACGGCUUUGUCGCCCGCUGGGUCGCACGCAACCGGCAGGGAAGUGCUCCGGAUCUUCCAGCCAUGACGCAUCGCAAUCACGCUCGCGUUUCCAGCAUCGGAUCUUCCACCGAUAAUGAGGAUGGUGGUGUGCGCCUAAGCGCUCUCAGCCUCAACGACUCUUCCGACCGUGUUGAGUCCAGGCACUCUGAGAUCAUUGAUCACGCGUCCAGUGGCAGUCAGGCCAUGUUCACCACGAGGCCGCUUGUCACCGAGCCGCGCAAUGUCGAGGAUGGCUCUCGGCCUCGCUUUGAGCUCGGUGAGAGGCCGUCUGGUGACGUGUUCUUGUCCGAGCCCGGCCAGCUCUCCGGUGGUCGUUUGGGCAAUAGCCGCCUUGCGAUCGUCCAGCGUGAUGAAAUUGUUCACGGUACUGGCGAGGGCCUUGGUUCACCCACCCGCCUCUCGAGGGACCAGCAAGACAAUAGCCCCGUCACCGUCAUUCGACGUGAUAUGGCCAUGCAUGGUAGCGGUAGCCUUGGCUCGCCGGCCCACUUGCUCCGGAACCGGUCUUCGAACAUCAGUGGCCGACACCAAGUCGGCGGCGUCGAUGCCCAGGGUAUCUAUCCGCCGACGGCUUGCGUCUUUGUUGCCAAUCUGCCUGAGCCCAAGGAAGACCGAGCCCUCGAGGCAGCUGUUACUCGCGAGUUCAGCAAGUUUGGCACCGUGUUCAUCAAGAUCCGCCGGGACCCUCACAACAUGCCCUUCGCGUUCUGCCAGUACACGAAUAAUGCCGAUGCAAAGAUGGCCAUGGAGCUAGCCAAGGGUGCCAUGAUUCUCGGACGCCCGUGCCGCACCGAGAUGGUCAAGGCAAACCGAGCCUUCUUCAUCUAUCGCCACCGUGGAGGACCAAUCACACUUGAAGAGGCCAAGUCGGUUCUCGAACCAUACGGUGCCUUGGUCCGUGCCGACUACUCGCCUUCGCUCCAGAAGGAGCUCGGUGUGGAUGCAGCCGUCAUCGUGGAGUUCUCCACGUUCGAUCUCACGCGUGAUCUUCAUUCGGCUUUCCGCAACAACGACAUUUACUGUGUCGACGCUUUCGACUCGCGCAGGGGUCUCCCUCGUCGCACCGACGCAGAUGAGGCCUUCCUUAAUCAGUAUGACAUCGAUCGCCGCUCCAUCUUCGUGGGCAAUCUGCCCGUCCACAUCGAGGAGGAUGCAGUCAUGGAACUAUGCUCCAUUAUCGGCAAGGUCAACAAGGUGCAGCUUAUCAAGAAGACGAACAGCUUCGGUACUCGUGCUUUCGCAUUUGUCGAGUUUGACCGCGCGGAUACGCCCGAGAUUGCAGUCUCGCAACUCCACGAUCACUACUUCCGAGGUUGUCACAUUCGCGUUGAGCGUAAGGUUGGCCGAGAGCAGACCCCCCACCGGGUUCGCUCCCAGUAUCUGUCCCAGACCCGGUCGCUUGACAAGAUGGGCGACAACUUCGCGCCUGCUACCCCCCGGGCUCAGCCCAGCGUGGAUAGGCUCAACCAGCGUAAUGCACCUGACGGACAGCCAGCCCCAGCUUUGGCGCAGCCUUCCCCAGCUCUGGCGCAGUCCGUCUCCCCAGCUCUGGGACAUCCCGUCUCACCCGCUUGGAACUGGAUGCAUCCCGGCCAAUCGCCGACGCAGCUCGCCCUCAACAGCCAGGCCUUCAUCGGUGGUCCAGGUACCUCAUACGGAACCCAGAUCGGUCACCCAACUGCCCCCGUCACCCCACAGUCGCCGGAGUCGUUUAACCCGUAUGCUGCAGCAUAUUACAGUCCCAUCUGGCCUAGCUUCCCUUUUGUCCAGAAUCCAAUCGCCGGAGCGAUGUCGUCCUUCUAUACCACCUACGGCGCCCCUAAUGUCGCUGGGUUCUUGGACCAGGAGAAUUCGAGCGGCGACCUCGACACCCCGACCCGAACUCACCGUGCGACUACGGGCAACCAAGACCAGACCCGCGGCGAUACGGACGCGGCCUAA